AUGCCAACGCUCAAGGACCUCAAGUGCUCGAUCGAGCUUUCAGAGAGCCAGCGAGCGCUGCAGGAAUUCGGCACAACCUAUGGCGAUGGCUGCGUGGAAACCUUCGUGCCGGUUCCCAGCAAGCCGCAGGCAUUCUCUAUACACCUCACCUCCGACAAAUUCAUCGCUCCUGGCAUCUCGAUGUAUGUCUUCGUGGAUGGCGUGUAUCAGUGUAACCGCAACAGACAGGACCUGAAGCUCAGAAAAAGUUCUGACAGUCGAUCGGUGGUGGACUUCCGGGUGCGGCAGAAGGAGGAAAAGCAGAAGGACGGUUCGAUGAUUGCGAGGGAAUGGAAGUUCGAGAAGCUCAACACCACCUCCGCAGAUGAGGCACCUGAUGCGUGUUCUCCAAACUUCCUCGAUAACAUUGGCUGUAUCGAAGUCCUCAUCCUGCGGUGUGCUGGGCCUCGCAACGCCCAAACAAUAUCAGCAAUGAGCCUGGAUGGUUCAGGUGACAUACCUCCCCCACCUUUUGGCUUCGACGGCCAGCCUCGAACGCCAAAUAUACGCUCUGUGUACGACGAUCGUGUGCCAUUCUUCGGUGGUGGCAGCAAUAAUCAUGGACCACCGCCACCGAUCUCUUCCUACCGCUCACCUUACGCUGAGACUGUGCGUAGCCACGAAACGCUUCAUCGGGGACAUCGAAACAGGCACAUCCUCAACAACAACAAAAUUUCGCCGUUUGCUGGCUCCGGGCAACACCGAACUCACUCAAGAUUCUCCGAGCCUAUAAGUCCUGGUGCAAGACCUCCACCAUCAAUACCGUCUGAAGCUUUCCAGUAUGGCAGUGGACCUAUACCUCCAGGGCCAAUGAUGGGGUCGGAACGUAGCUUCUACCACAAUCGACCUACAACUGCUGUGGCGGCAAACGCUCCUGGAGUUGAUCCGGCAUGGCUGAGCGAGAUGUUGACUACGGCAGUGAAGCGCGGUGUGGAAGAGGCGCGGCGGGUCGAACCAGCAGCCUCAGAAACACAGGAGCAACAUGUGAUGAACGUGAAGACUUCAAGAGGUGGAUAUCACGACACUGAGGAGUACGGUGGCGCCACGUGGGGAAGCCCAGAAGGAGAAUGGAGUAACAGCCAGGCGAAGGAAAAAUCCAAAGCUCAUGUCAGCUGGGACACAGAAUCCAAGUGGGAAAGCCAGACGAAUGCUGGUGGGUGGAAUGGAGUGGAAGAAACGGCAUCUGAUACCUGGGACAGUGACAAGACUUUAGAGGCGAGAAAACCUGACAUACGACGAGCAGGUAAAUGGAAUACUUCAAGAGCUCCUACGAUUCGCAGCAGAUUCGAUGAGAGAGCCUCGUCUCCCCUCACAACACGCACACGCCAAUCGCAUCGUUCCAGCGAAGGUCAUCGGUCACGGCGGACCCGCUCAAAGUCGCAUCCACGGAGCUCCAGACGAGACGAGAAAUACAGUUCUUCUUCUAAGGAUUGCGAUGGUUGGAAUCGCGUAGAGGCAAGUUCGGGUUCGCUCGCUUCCUCGGAGCUUACUGACGAGAGGGAGCAGCGCCCACGGUCUCGCAGCCAUACGCACAAUUCAAGGAAUCGAAGUCAGUCUAGAAGAAGAUCACAUCGUACGCAAUCUGCGCAUGGGGAAGAGAGGAGACCCUCAAGAUAUGAUCGGGGUGGUGGCAGUGAAACUACCAGCAAGCGUCGAAAUUCCAUGUCCAUGGCAUCUGGUAUUUCUCCCUCAGUCAUGCAGGCACCACUUCCGACGCAGCAGUCUGCGUACCAGCCACAAUUUCAAGCCAGAUCCGUCAAUUAUGCUGAGCCCACAGCUACUAUCCCAAAGACACAUCUUGGUUGGGUCCCAGCUCCAAGUGAGACAUAUCAUAAACCAAGCUUUGCCGCAUCAAAUGCACUACCCGGUCAUUUCAGUGUGAACGGAGAAGCUUUAGAUCACCGUGGAUCAAGUACAUCUUGGGACAAUUCUAAGGAGAAGAAAUGGGGCAAAGAGAAGACAGCCAAGUCUAUGAACAGCCAGUAUGAUGGGAUUCCGGCAGCGAGAGACUCAUGGGGCAGUGGCAACGAUCACCAGCAGCCAGGUUGGGAUGCUGAAGGCGAUAAUGGCUGGGAGGGGAAAACCACUGGCGAUGAUUUGAAGAACGGCUGGCAAGUCACAGAGAAGGGCAAUAAGCCCAAGGGUGCCUGGGGGGUCACAGAAGAACAACAGACCGGUUGGGCUACUGACGAGAACGGCUGGGAAGCAAAAGAUCUCGAAAACGCAGAUAAAAAAGUCCCCGGCGGCUGGGACGCCGGCUUCAGCGGCACCUCCGCUCAGUACCCCCCAUGGGCCACCACCACCUCCUCCCCUAAAGACGUACAAUGGUCCACCAAGCCCUCGCCCACCAACAAGAAACUCCCCAAACCUUCCCCUCCUUCAAAACGCCACACCUCCAAAUCCCUCUCCAAAUACCGCACCCCCUCCUCCGCCCACCCAAAACCCCACUGGCAAUUCCCCCCACCCCCAUCCAGUGACCAACUACCAUCAACCACUUCCACGCUUCCUCCCCUCCCGCUCCCGAAAAUCAGCAGCGCCCGUGCCAGCGCCAAGGGGGUGGAGCACCAAGUCCAACUCGGCUCUGGCUCGCAGUACGGCCACGUCGUCGGGCGGCCCGAGUAUCUGGACAGUUUGGAAAAGCCGUAUGCGGUGUUUCGGUUCAAGUAUCGGAGUCGCGGGGUGCUGGGGAAGAUGUUUGGGGAGGAGGAGGUAAGAGAGCACGGGCGGACGAAGGCAACGGAGGCGAGGGAGAGGGAGAAGUUGGGGGCGUUGGGGAGGGAGGAAUUGAUUGGGGAGAUGGUGAGGUUGAAGAUGGGGGGCGGGAAGGCAUCUAGGGCGACGGAGAGCGUGGCGAGGGAUUUGACGGAGAACUGGGUGAAGAGACAUAGUCGGGAUCCGAGUGAGAGGGGGGAGGAGAAGGGGUGGAGGGAUCCGAAUAGGUGGUCUUGA